AUAACAACCGUCGUUUCCCUCUUUCUUUUCCAAAAUGAGUUCAGUUAUUUUUAGUAAGAAAGACGGAAUGAGAUGAACGAAGAGAGGAAAUAGCAGAAAAGUUCGGCAACGGGACGAUCAGAAUUCAGCGCACAACUUCAAUCGGAAAAGAUGUUCUGGUUCGUACUUCGGAUCGGAUAUGAGAGGAGCUAGUGUGCGGAUUUCGUUCAACUUUCGCCUUGAUCCUUUUGGUUGCAGGAACCAACUGGUUAAGGCAGUCGAAUUAUACAUCCGCACGUUGUAAUUCUGCACGAGUUCAGGUUUCACUUGGGCGGAGGAGAAGUUUGUUUUCAUUAAAGAUGAAGGUAAUGGAUGAGUUCCGAGAUCUUAUCGAGGAAGCUAAGACUCGGACGCUAUUGUGGAUUUUGUGUAUAUUUGGAGUGUCGUAUUUCUUUGCACAUACUAGUAAAUCAAUGCUAAUGAAUGUUCCCAUAGCCAUUCUUUUUGUUUCUGGACUACGAAUGUUGUUUAAGGAGGUGGAAUUCAAGUGGAAGGAUAGAAAUAUUAACCAAACAACUUAUUUGUCCUACUUAGAGAAAAAGCAGCUCUCAGUGAAUGAUUCUCGUCUCAACUGGCCCAACCCACAAAAAUGGAAGAGGAAAAUAGAUUCCCCUGUUGUAGAAGCAGCUUUAGAAGAAUUUGUCAACAAAAUUUUAAAGGAUUUUGUCAUAGAUUUGUGGUAUUCAGAAAUUACAUCUGACAAAGAAGGACUAGAGCUUAUACAUGAUAUAAUCAUGGAUGUCCUCGGGGAAGUGUCUGGAAGAAUCAAAGAAGUGAAUCUUAUCAACCUCUUGACAAGGGAUGCAGUGGAACUGAUAGGAGAUCACCUAGAUCUUUUCAGAAGAAUUCAGUCUGCGAUUGGCAAGGAUGUCAUGGGAACACUGUCUUCUGAAGAGCGGGAUGAGAGGUUGAAGCACCAUCUCCUGGCCUCUAAGGAGCUCCAUCCUGCUUUGAUAUCUCCCGAGUGUGAGUACAAGGUAAUUCAGCAGCUUGCGGAAGGUGUUCUAGCUAUUGUUUUAAGACCAAGAGAAGCUCAAUGCCCUUUAGUUCCAUAUUUUGCUAGGGAGAUCCUAACUUCCUUCGUUCUGCAACCUAUUAUGAAUUUAGCUAGUCCGUGGUAUAUCAACGAACUGAUCGAGUAUAUCAUCUUUGCUUACAACAAUAAGUGGCUCGAGUGUUUUCUCAGCAGUCAGCUGCUUAAAGCUGAAAGGUAUAACAGUGAUCAUACAGUUUCUGGAGAGCAUGGCUCGAAUGAACAAGCAGGUGAAGCAUCUAAUAAGGAACUAGAUUCAGGUGGCUUAGGGAAUGCCUCCUCUAGCACCAUGCAGGAUGAGCCCAUACAACCGCAGCCUGGUGAAUGGGCGAAAGUGUAUGAGGCAGCAACCCAGAGAAGAACCGAAGUUCUUAUGCCCGAAAAUCUUGAAAAUAUGUGGGCCAUAGGAAUAAAAUAUAAAAAGAGACUCCAAAAGAAGGCUGUUCCAGAACUUCAAGCCCCUGAAGUUGCAAACCCUGUGAAUGUGGCAUUACCUACAAAAUAUAUGAUGCCUGAAACACCAAAGGGGCAGACUGGAACACCAAAAUGGAUGCCUGAAACAUCCCAUGGCAUUGAAGAUAAGCCUUGUAAGCAGUUUCUGCCACAGCUCCAACAAGAUUCUCAUCCUAUUGAUGUUCGCAAUGAUUCCUUAGCUAGGUCACAGGAUUUUAACUUGAAGGCAUUCAGAGUGGGAAGCUCCAGUAUUCCAGAAAUGGAGAAUACUGCUAGUGUUGUGUUGCAUGAAAAUGGAAGUAAAGUUAACAGAUUGAAAAGCAGUUCAGAUGCACUAUUACACGGUGAAGAUCUAAAUGUUUCAAAGUUGAGAUGUCAGGUUAUGGGGGCUGACUUCGAAAAACUUGGCUCAAAUACUUUUGCAGUUUAUUCAAUUGCUGUGAUUGAUGCAAACAACAACACUUGGAUUGUGAAAAGAAGAUAUCGUAGUUUUGACCGAUUGCAUAGGCACCUUAAAGAAAUUCCGAACUACACAUUACAUUUACCACCAAAGAGAAUAUUCACUUCAAGUACAGAGGGUGCUUUGGUUCAUGAGCGCUGUAUUCAGCUAGACAAGUACCUUCAAGAUCUCUUGGCAAUUCCCAAUGUUGCAGAGCACAUUGAAGUCUGGGACUUUCUGAGUGCUACAUCUGAGAAUUACUCUGUUGGGAAAUCAUCUUCUGUGGUGGCGACAAUGGCAGUUAAUGUGGAUGGAACCAUUGAUGAUGUUGUGCGCCAAUUCAAAGGAGUUUCUGAUGGUCAAGUACGGAUGGCGGCUUUCUCACCUACUUCUUCCCGAUCUACCAGCAGAAACUCAUCUUGGAAUGCUGAUGAUAUAAACAAAUUGACCACAAGGCAAAGCACCUCUGAUUCACUCAAUAGUUUGUCUGACAAUGAGGAAGGUGAUAGGGAUUUAAACGAUGGACACCAGGAAACUGAGUAUUCUCAUCUAGAAAAUUCAGAUACUGAAUUGAAGGAGGAUGCAACACGUGUGCUUCCAGAGUGGGCCCCACCGAAUUUAAGUGUUCCAGUUCUGAACUUAGUUGAUAAAAUAUUUCAGCUUCAAAGAAGAGGUUGGAUAAGGAGACAAGUCUUUUGGUUAUCAAAGCAGAUACUGCAGCUAGUAAUGGAAGAUGCUAUUGAUGACUGGCUCUUACGGCAAAUCCAAUGGCUUCGUCAAGAUGAUGUUGUGGCCCAAGGGAUUCGAUGGCUUCAGGGUAUCCUUUGGCCCAACGGAAAUUUCUUCCUGACUUGGAGCACCCAAAAUAAACUGAAAGGUAGUGAUGUAUAUCAAAAUCCAACACUACGAUGCAGGAUCGCCUCUCAACCAAGGUCUUUCGAGCAGCAGCUCGAAGCUGCUCGCAGAGCUAGUGAUAUUAAAAAGCUAAUCUUUGAUAGCGCUCCAACGGCUUUAGUGAGCCUGAUUGGGCACAAGCAAUACAAACGUUGCGCUCGGGACCUAUACUAUUUCCUUCAGUCUACAGUUUGUCUGAAGCAACUUGGAUAUGGAUAUCUGGAACUUGGUCUAGUCACAGUAUUUCCAGAAUUACGCAAUAUCGUGAUGGAUAUCCAUGAAAGGAAUGCAUAGAAGAAGAAGAAGAAGAAGAAGAGAGAGAUGGUGAGUGUGUUUGCUGGUAGGUUCGUGCAUAUAGAUAAAUAGAUAGAUAGAUGCUGCAUACUGCAAAUAAAUACCCGUGGAGAAAUUUUCGUGCAUGUUUUAGGUUUAUGCUCUUCUCCGGGUAAAGAUCCGCCAGAAUUUUGUUAAAUAUAGUUAUACAGAUAGUAGGUAUGGAUGGUAUUAUUGUAUUGGUAAUAGAAAAUAGAUAUGCAUGGUACUGGGAAGGGAAUUGGUCCAGAUAUACGAGUAGAGAAAUAAAUAUAUAGAUAUUAAUAGGGGAUGUAUUUGUACUAGUGCAUGUGUUUGAAUACUUGCUUAUUGAUCCAUUUAUCUAUUAGUCAUAAA